GUAGCGGCAGUUUCGUAGCGGACUCCGUAGAGUGUCUACGUAGCGGUCCGCGAUUCCAGUCAACACAGUUCUUGGCGGUGUAUGUGCUUUUUGUAUGAAAUGCUGUGAUUUCCGUAUGAGUGACGUCAAAUGAUGUGUUGUGUGUUCUGGAGGAUCGUACGACGGACUCUUUGAUGUCAGAAAAAUGAUGAAAUGGAAACGUACAGGCGGAAUGGGAAUACAGCUAGCUGCAGCAGUGUUCUGGAUGCUGCCUUUGAUCACGUCUUCAACGGGAGAUAUAAGGCACCACGGAGCGUCGAGGGCAAGGGGUUGGCGUGCAGGGACCCAGCAGACUGUUGAAACGGCCGCCAAUAACUCGGUCAGCAACAUCACUGCACAACUAGGCGGAACCGCCUACCUCCACUGUCUAGUUGGGCAUCUCAGCGAGAGAGGGCAAGUCUCCUGGAUCAGGAAACGUGACUGGCACAUUUUGAGCUCCGGGAAAUUUACUUACACGAACGACGAGAGAUUUCAGGUAUUACACGGCGAAGGUUCUGAAGAUUGGACUCUGCAGAUUAAGUUUGUUCAAAAGAGAGACAACGGUACUUACGAGUGUCAGGUGUCAACAAGAACUGGGAUAGUGUCGCAUUACGUACGUCUCCAGAUAGUGGUUCCGGAGGCCUUCAUUCUUGGCUCCGGAGAACACCACGUCGAUCUGGGCAGCGUCAUCCACCUCAUAUGUAUCGUGGAGAAGAGUCCAACACCCCCGCAAUACGUCUUCUGGUACCACAAUGACAGGAUGAUAAACUAUGAUGCUACAAGAGGAGGGAUCACAGUGGAGACCGAGCCCGGCGCCCGUACCCAAUCCAGACUCACAGUCAGAGGCGCAACACUCAAAGAUUCCGGGAAUUACACAUGCAGCGCUAGUAACACUGAGCCUGCUUCUAUACACGUUUUCGUCUCGGAAGGAAGUAACAAAAUGGCGGCGAUACUUCGGCGCAACACGAGCGCGAUCCACGGGAUCACCACUAGCGCCACCUGUCUGCUCCUUCUGGGCACAGCGCUCAUGCACUAUGGUUUGCGAUGACGUCAAUAGACCAAACACUCAUUAGAUAUAGUUCUAAUAGGCUCAAUACAAACAAUGCUCGAGACAUCACUUGACAUAACAGUGUAUAACUGACAAUAGUAAAAUUGUUGUUGUUUACUUGCCACGUUUCAUAGUUGUACAUUUGAAAUACCUCUAAGGAAUGUGUUGAACUUAAAAUUAUGAAUUUAUCUAUACUCUAUUGCUCUAUCGUUUGAAACAUUCCUACUCUCUUUGACUUUGACAAUUAAGAAAAUAACUUUUUGUUAUUUACCUAUGAUAUAAAACUCUUGUGUCGCGGUGUUUGUUGCCAAAUUCCUGCGAAAUGGCUCAAACGAUUCUUAUGAAAUUUUGUGUGCAUAUACGGUAGGUCUGGGAAUAGGUCAACAUUUAUUUUUCAAACCCUUAAAUAUUGAGAGUGGUCUACGCAACAAAAAAUAUUUCCUAGAAAUUAUGUAUAUGGCAAAACAAAGAUUGCCGGGUCAGCUAGUUUUAGAAUAUAUUCUUAACACAGCUGUACCCAGUUCUAUGAAGAUACACUCAUUAAAUUAUAUUAAAAACAUAAUUGGUCUAAUGUUUCCGACGUAAAAUAUGUUGUGUAAUUUAAUAAUUGGCAAGUGAUGUCUUACGAGAUGUCUCUUUAGAUAAAAUUAAAUUAUGACUGUAAAGAAUAGAGAAAUGAUUAAAUGUAUUACUACUAUAAAUAUAAAAUAAUUUAAUAUUACAUUAUAAAUUCAAAUUCUAAUAAAUUGUAACAUAGAAAAAUAUUAAAUUUAAGAGUUUAAUAGAAAAUGAAAAAAAGUUAUGUAAACUUUCAUUUCUAGUAUGUGAAAUGAAACAUUCUAAAAUACUGAUAUCUAGAUUACAAAUUAUUGAAAUUGUAAAUUGGAUAAGAUUUUACAGUUAACGAUAUUCGAAAUUCAAAAUGAAUUUAAAAGUUAUAUUGAAAAAAAAAUAUCCUCGGAUAAUGUUUUUAUCAUUUUCGUGACAUAUACACUAUUUGCAUAUUUUACAGUUUUAACGGUUUUUUUUUUAAAUUUAAAGUCGUUUAAAAUUUUUGUUAUCUGUUAUUAAAUCAAAGUGACAUUUGACAUUCACAAAUUUAUUAUGAAAUUAUGAACCACAGACGCCAAAAGUCGCGCAACAUCGGCUAACCUCGUACAGCCACAUAUGUCCAAUAUCUUUGGUCACUUUAAGGUAGUUAAAGCAGUUAGAAGUUCUACAAAUAGAAACUAUCCGAUGUGAUGGAUAUGAUAAUGAAACUAUGCAUUUUCUUAAUCGGUUCUGAAAUCAAAAACUUCUGGUUUAAAUACAUCUGAUUUUGUAAUUUUUAUUGUCUUAAUGUAGUUAAAUUGGUGCAUAAUGUACUUAUUUACUUGUCAUAAUGUACUUAUUUAGUGCAAGAAAAUGUAAUUUUAUAAAUUUCAUACCGCAAUUUUUACAUUGAGAACAAAAGGUUUGCCAAAGCAAUUUUACAAUUUAUAGAGCUCUUCAACACAAAAUAACGUUCUUGAGACAUAUUUGUUUAAUUUUAUUACCAUUUCGUUUUUGGUCUCGGUUUCAGGCUUACCUAGCUAAUAAAAUUUUCUUCUUAUUCAGACAACUGGAAGUCAGUAAAAAUGGCGUCUAAAUAUUCCGUUACAUAGACAAAUAGAACUAUAAAAUGGUAUGACCUUAAGUUGCGUAAUUUUGAAAACCUUGUACUGGUGGUAGGACCUCAUGUGAGUCCGCGCGGGUAGGUACCAUCACCCCGUCUAUUUCUGCCGUGAAACUGUAAUGCGUUUCGGUUUGAAGGGUGAGGUAGCCGUUGUAACUAUACUGAGACCUUAGAACUUAUAUCUCAAGAUGGGUGGCGCAUUUACGUUGUAGAUGUUUAUGGGCUCCAGUAACCACUUAUCACCAGGUGGGCUGUGAGCUCGUCCACCCACUUUAGCAAUAAAAAAAAAAAAAAAUCGAUACAAACCCAAAAUGUUCUUUAUGCUAUGAUUUUUAAAUUAAUACACUCUGUAUGUAUGCAAGCCAGUUUUUAUCCCUAAGUUAAUCAUGUACAAUUUAAUUCUGUAAAAGAAGUAUUGUGUUAACGAAAUCACUGUUUAAUUUGAAAACAUCGUUUUCACAUGUACUUUUUUGGGCAAUGGGUAUUAUUACUGGUGAUACCAUAAGCUGUAAAAUCUUUAGUCUAUGGUUAAACCAUGGUGUUAGAUAAUAGAUAAUAAAAUAAUAAAAAUAGAAUUGUAAUAUACAAAAAACGUAUACUUUGAGAAUUCGAGUUAAUGAUUUAAUUCUAAAUAAUGUUAUGUAUCCAUUUGUAAAUAAUUACAUUGAAUAGUUGAUAGUACGAUGUAAAUAAAUAUGGUCGGUGUUUGAAAAAUAAUUGAUUAUGUACAUAAGAAACUUUUUUUGUGAUUACACGUAACGCAAUAAAGAUUACAAUUUCCUUGAA